CGACAGCGCGUCCGAACCAUUGAAGAACAUCAAUGAAGGAAGCGUUCUAGUUUCACACUCAAUCCCGACUAAAGUGCAAUGGCCGACGAAACCUUAAGUGAGGCAUUUGCUGAUAAGGAACACCAAGCCGCCUACAUCUUUGACCCGUCAGAGGAUACGGAUGAGCCAGCUAGAUCCAUCAAGCGUAGGAGAGUGUCUAAGAAACAUGGCAAGGAGCCGCCAAAUGCUGCGCAAAUAGCUUCAUUACCUCCCCUAUUUCCGCCACUUUUCAACGAGGCAGAAAACGAGGAACACGCAAGAUUGCGGCAGAAGUUGUUUGAGGAGUCCUGGUCUCACAUUGACACAAGAAUUCAUCAUGUGCUCAGAGAAGCAAAUCAGUCUACGCUGAAGGACGUGACUGCUUUCGUACAAGAUGCUCCGACUCAUGGUGUCGGUGGGAAGAUACCAACUGCCUUUAUCAUCACUGGCGCCAACAUCGCAUCUCAGGAUCUCCUUUUUGAGCAGCUGUCCGAAUAUCUUCAACAGAAAAGUGAAGCAAAGGUCGUCAUAGUACGUUCUGGCGAUGCAUCAAAUCUCAAGGCGACGCUGAAGAAGAUCAUACAUGACAUCGCCACCAGAAUAUCUGAAGAAGACGAUGACAUUGAAGUCUCAACGGGCAAGGAUGGCCGUAAAUACCUGAACUACGACCUUGAAGCCCUUCAUGCUUACUUGAAGGUCAAUCCUCGACGUCACAUCAUUGUUGCUUUCCAGGACAGCGAGGCAUUUGAGAGCGGGUUGCUUUCAGACCUCAUACAAUUAUUCAGCUCUUGGCUUGAUCGCAUCCCGUUCACACUGCUGUUUGGAAUAGCGACGUCAGUAGAGUUGUUCCAAGCACGACUACUGAAAUCUACCUGCCAGCUUCUCUACGGAGACCAGUUCGAUGUGGAACAAUCUGCGUCAAUCGUUGAGAGGAUUUUCAAAACUGCAGUUGCGCAUACAGAGGCACCAUUACGGCUCGGUCCAACGCUUCUUCAAAGUCUUUUGGAGCGUCAACGAGAUCAAGUUUCUGGGAUACCCGUGUUUGUGAGCUCAUUGAGAUAUGCAUACAUGUGCCAUUUCUACGCCAAUCCUUUGAGCGUCCUACUCUCCGCUGAGCUGGGAAACGAACUGGUCCAGAAUGAUCACUUGGAGGCGCUCAGGUGCCUUCCAUCUUUCCGAAGCUCUAUCGAGGCUUUGCUGCAAAGUGGAGCAGUCGAUCAGGUGAGGUUACUGAUAGAUAAUGACGAGUACCUCAUAACUCACUUGCGAGAAGAGCUCAAGUGGUCUCGUAAAUGGGUCAUCGAUAUCCUACGCAUAAUCAAGAUCUUCAUGGCCAGCAAAACGCCAACUUCUGGUUUCACUCAGCUGUACCUCGAUGCUCUCACUAAUGGGAUUGAUGUUUCGGGCCACAACUCAGAUUUCUUGGACUCGGUCCAAAGAAUGCAACCUUCCGAGGCCGUACCAUUCUUGGAACAGGCUUUGGAAGCCAUAAAAGAUGGCGAUGAGAUCAUGGGUCUUGCAGCAUGGGCCGAAGAAAGCAAAGAGACUGUAACAGCACUGUCCGACAUACUCAAAGAUAUCAAAACUCUGCAGGAUGUAGCCGGAGAGAACGGCAACACCCUGCGAAGCAAGUACAGCGGCCAAAACAGAGUCCUUCGAACCACGGUGGUCGCCCAGAAGGUGCAGCUCAGUCAUGAUGCCGCAGCACUUACUCAGGAGGACCGAGCUUUCACUGUUUUGAUGGACCGCUUGGUUGAGCACCUGAAGACCAUAUUACAAAGCAACAAACCUGAGGAACUCUAUCUACACGAGGUUUGGCUAUACGAUUCCAAGGUGCCGUACAAAGACGUAUUUGUUCCUCGGCCUCGAGCAGUCGUCGAAAGGGCACUGUCACGACCACAUGACUACUUAGGCUGCUCAUGUUGCAAGACGAAAGAGGACCAGAUUACGCCGACGCUCCCUUCCACUGCCAUUAUCUACCAACUGUAUCUCGAGACUGGCUCGCUCAUAAAUGUCGCAGAUCUUUGGGCUGCCUAUUAUGCCACGGUUGGAGAGGAGAGCGAGAAGGGCCUGGACGACCGAACAGCGCUCGUUCUGUUCUAUCGUGCCCUGUCGGAGAUGAGGGCGAUGGGCUUUGUCAAGCAGAGUCGGAAAAAGGCCGACCACAUUGCUAAGCUCGCCUGGAAGGGGCUUUGAGGUUGUUUAGUAUGAUUCCGCUUUAUUGGCGGACAGUCAGGUGAUUCACUUUGUUGUGUGGUGAUUGUGGAGGCAAAGCGU